CCAAAGAGCAUCACUAAAAAAGAGAAGACAGAAAGGAGAUGUGAAUUGCAGAACAUUUGUAUUUGCUAAGUGCAUGCAACGGGGCAGAGGAACCAGUUUGAUUUCUAAUCCCGAGGGCGCUUUUCCUGCUAAAGAUGAGUCGGUUGUAUGAUAGCAUAGAGCCCAACGUAAUCGAUGAAGAGAUGCUGCAGAGAGCUGUCGAAGAGCAAGGACCUCGGGAAGAAGCUGGAUUGUUGGCCAAAAAAGAAGGGAUUAAUUUCAGAGAUGUGAAAGAGCUGCAACUUGAUUUUAGAAAUAUCCUGAAGAUUGACAACCUUUGGCAGUUUGUGAACCUGACAAAACUGCAGCUGGACAACAACAUCAUUGAGAAGAUCGAGUCGCUGGAGUGCCUGGUUAAUCUGGUCUGGCUGGAUUUGUCUUUCAACAACAUUGAGAUCAUCGAAGGCUUAGACACUCUGGUUAAAUUGCAGGACCUUAGCUUGUUCAACAACAGGAUCUCCAAAAUUGAGAAUCUGGAUGCACUGCAAGAACUGCAGGUCUUCUCUAUAGGAAAUAAUGCUAUCCAGACCCUGGAAAACAUGAUCUAUCUCAGAAAGUUCAAAAACUUGCGCACAUUGAAUCUUGCUGGAAAUCCGGUGUGUGAGAACGAAGUGUAUGCCAUGUUCAUUGCUGCCCACCUGCCAGAUCUCGUAUACCUGGAUUUUAGACUGGUGGAGGACAACAUGCGAGAGAUGGCCUUGAUAAAGUACCAGUAUGCCAUUGAGGAGAUGAGGCAGGGCGAAACGCUGGCUCUGGUCAAGCAGGAAGCCCUGGAAGCCAGGGAAAAAGAGGUGGAGUAUCAUAAGUCGGCUUACGUGGAGUACCUGAAUGGGCCCUUCCUGUUUGACAGCAUGUACACCGAAGAUUCUGAAGCAUCCAAGCUGCUGUACCUCCCUGGAGUGCCGGAGCUGCUAGAGAUAUACAAGACCAAGUUCGUUGCCAUUUGCCAGAACCUGUUCGAGUACGGUCUGAAGCAGCACGAGAAGCGAGAGGCCGAAGUUACACUCUUCUAUGAGUGUCUUCACGAAGCCCUGGCAGAAAACCAAGAGCAGGGCACCAAAAUCAUGCAGGCCUUCGAAGAGAAGAAUGAGGGGGUGCUCGACAAGAUUCAGAGCAUCAGCGACACCAUGGUGGCAGAGGUCAAGCUGACCGAAUACAACGAGGAUAUCGCCAAGCUCACAGAGACGCUGAUGACCCUGGAGAUGCAGCUGGUGGAGCAGCUAGAGGAAAUCAUCAAGGAUUUCGAAAGGAACAUCUUGGACCUGGUGUCAAUUUUCAUAGAAAACGAACAAGGACUGAUGGCCCAAUGCCGGGAUCUGGAGAACUACCACCACGAGAAGCUACUGGAAAUAGCCAUCAGCACCCUGGAGAAAAUAGUGAAGAGCGAGUUUGAUGAAGAGAUGCCGGACGACGUCCGGAUGCUUUUCGUGGACAAAGACACCAUCGUCAAUGCCGUCAAUGCGUCACAUGACAUCCAUCUGCUGAAGAUCGACAACCGAGAAGACGAGAUCAUAACCAAAGCCAACGGCUGGGCCUCCGCACUGAUUGAGAAGGUUCACAAGGAUGAAAUCCACAGGAACCGCAGCCGCGUGAUGGAAAUCAAUCAGUAUGUUGACCACCUCCACAGCGAGACGGACAGCCUGGAUAUUCUCGAGCAGUAAUGGGCCUCGGGCAGAGCUGUGCCCACCCCACAGCUUGAGCUUGGCUUUAGAGUCGCUGCCUGGGAAGUGAAUCCACCUGGCGGUCUCCUUCCCACUGACAAACAGCCCCGUAAAUAGCCCUAACAAGGACA